GAAAUCUACCGUCAUAACCAUUUCAGACGAGAGAGCGAGAGGAAAUAGAAGGAUUGUCUCCUAACUGAAGAUUGAAACAGUAAGCUUUUCAAGACAAAAAGUCAACUCUUAACAAACCAAUAAAGAAAAACAUUUAAACGUUUUUGGAACUGUCCAGAAAAAAAACAACAAUGAGUAUGCCAUCGACCUCUACUUGUGAACAACAAACCGUAGAAAGAGAGACCCUAAAGCUCCAGCGGAUCUUGAAAGAAGUCAACAUGAUGUCAGUAGAGAGACAGACUCUAAAAAAAUCAAAUGAUGAGUUGAGGAUCCAACUUAUGAACAUACAAAAAGCCACCGUUGAGAAAGACAUGCUGCUUAGCGAGAAAGAGGAAGACUUUAAAAAGGUGUUCGACCUCAACAAAAUUUUAAAAGAGGAAAUCAACACACUGGAGCAGAAAACUACCAACUUGGGUCAGAAAAGCACGACCCUUGAGCAAGUAAACGCCGCUCUGGAAAAGGAAAAGACCAGUAUGGAACAGAAAAUUGCCACCCUGGAGCAGGAGAAAAGUGCCUUGGAGAAAAAAAACACCGCCCUGGAGCAGGAAAACACUGCUCUGGGUCAGAAAAGCACCAGCCUGGAGCAAAUAAUCACCACCCUGAAGGAGGAAAACACCGCCCUUCAGGGUCUGGAAAACACUGCCCCGGAGAAGGACAAGACCACCCUGGAGCAGACAAACAUCGCCUUAAAAAAGGAAAAUCAUACCCUGACGCAGAAAAACAGCACCCUGGAGACAGAAAAGACUGCUCUGAAGCAGAAAAACACUACCUUGGAAAUGGAAAAAAAUACCCUGGAGCAGGAAAAAACUGCUCUAGGGCAGAAAAAUGCCAGACUUGAGCAAGUAAACACCGCCCUGGAGAAGGAAAACACCGCCCUGAAGGAGGAAAACACCACCCUGAAGGAGGAAAACACCACCCUGAAGGAGGAAAACACCACCCUGAAGGAGGAAAACACCACCCUGAAAGAGGAAAACACCACCCGGAAGGAGGAAAUUACCGCACUGUGGCAGAAAAAUACCACCUUGGAGCAGGAAAAAUGUGACUUAGAGCAAAAAAAUACUGCCCUGGAGCAGGAAAACACUGCCCUGGGUCAGAAAAGCACCACCCAGGAGCAAAUAAACACCACCCUGAAGGAGGAAAAUACCAGACUGUGGCAGAAAAUUACCUCCCUGGAGCAGGAAAAAACUGCUCUGGAAAGGAAAACCACCACAAUGGAGCAGAUUACCACCACUUUGGAGCAGAAAAUCGCCGCCCUGGGUCAGAAAAACACUGAACUGGAGCAGGAAAACACUGGCCUGGAGAAGGAAAAGAUGACCCUGGAGCAGAAAAUCGCUGCCUUAGAAAAGGAGAGAAAUACACUGGAGCAGGAAAAAACUUCUCUAGGGCAGAAAAGUGCCACCCUUGAGCAAAUAAACACCGCCCUGGAGAAGGAAAACACCGCCCUGAAGCAGGAAAACACUGCCCUGAAGCAGGAAAACAGCGCCCACAAUCAGAAAACCACCUCCUUGGAGCAGGAAAAAACUGCUACAGGGCAGAGAAACACCACCCUGGAGCAGAGAAACACCGACAUAGAGCAGAAAAUCACCGUCUUGGAAAAGGAAAGCAUUACCCUCAAACAGGAAAUAUUCACUUUAAAACAGGUAAACGACAUCUUGGAAGAGGAAGGCAACUUUUUUGAGCGAGAAAAAACCUUUUUUGAGGAGAAAUACCUCUUUAUGGACCAAAUAAACACGGCCCUGAAGCAGAAAUGCGCUGCUCUGGAGCAAAAAAGCUCAGCAAUGGAGACUAUAAUCAACGCCUUAGACCAGGAAAAGGCUGCCCUGGAGGAGAAAUGCUCUGGCUUGGAGCAUAUGCGCAGUGACAUGCAGCUUGAAUUAGAACAUCUGAACUAUUGCCUGGGAAAAAGAAUGGAACAGCUGAACCAGGAAACAUCAGGAGAGGAAACCCAGGAAGAAAUCCAGCCAGUUUCAGAACAGCCACAAGAGCAGGCGCCUGUAUUGAAACGUGGGAUCGGAGGCUUCUCCAAAACACUUCUGGAAAUAUGUAUUGACACUCUCAGAUACUGGAUUGAAAUACUCUGCUUCUAAAUAAAGAAGUGUCAUGAGGGAUCCAAGCUUCACGCUUGAUUAUCGGUGGCAGAAAAGCUUGAGGACAACAGGACCGCGGUGUCAGGGGAAGCUUGACACUAGGGGGCUGAUGGCAGAAGAGCUUAAUGCUUGAAAGAUGUUGGCAGGAGAGCUUGAGGCCGGCAGGACUGCGGUGCCACUGGAACUUGAGGCCACCAAACUCAGGUCUCCUUCAUCACCAGAUGAUUCCUUUGUUGCCAGGUCAGAGUUUUAUUAUGAACUCUAGUUUUGUUUUUAUUUUAGUUAGGCGUCGGACGACGAGCUUGGGGCCAGCAGUGCCUCCCGGCCAGCCACCAGGGCUUUGUAGUGAGUCCUGUUGGUCUCCCUGCCUGGCUCCGGGGCUUCAGAGGGAGUCCUGUCGGUCUCCAGGCUGACCUCCAGGGCUUCGUAGCGAGUCCUGUCGGUCUCCAGGCUGACCUUCA